GGUGCUGACGCUAUGUGGUCUGCGGUGUCGGAUAUAGAGUGCGGCAGUGCGGGAGGCAGUGUAGAGGGCGGUGAACUCACCUCGGAGCAGCUAUGGGGCUCGAUGCGAGUCGAUUCCUACUUCGCACCCCGCCUACUGCCGCCCACCCGUGUUGCAAUGCGACUUGCAGCUUUAAAUAUUUAUCUCCACAAUGAUAUGCCAACACUAAACGAGGAGAAUUGCAGGACGUUGGAAGGUCUGUACGUGUCGCGGCCGCUGCGGCGUAGUCACCGCGUGCUGGCGCUGUGCGCUCGCGACGCCGCC